AUUUCGUGGCAUGCAUUUGAUUCAACCUAUCAACUGUGGCAGCCACUUCCACCUGUUCCGGGGGAAUACAGUGAAGCCCUUGGAUUUGGUUGUGCUGUUCUUAGCGGUUGCCAUCUGUACCUGUUUGGUGGAAAAGAUCCAAUUAAGGGGUCUAUGCGACGGGUAAUCUUUUAUAGUGCUCGAACAAAUAAAUGGCACAGGGCACCAGACAUGCUUCGUAGACGUCAUUUCUUUGGUUCUUGUGUAAUCAACAAUUGUCUCUAUGUCGCUGGCGGAGAAUGUGAAGGAAUCCAGAGGACUCUCCGUUCAGCUGAAGUUUAUGACCCCAAUAGGAACCGCUGGAGCUUUAUUGCUGAUAUGAGCACAGCUAUGGUGCCCUUUAUUGGGGUUGUUUAUGAUGGGAAGUGGUUUUUAAAAGGAUUGGGAUCUCACAGAGAAGUUUUGAGUGAAUCCUAUAACCCAGAGAUGAAUGCAUGGAGCCCUGUCAAUAACGGGAUGGUUGCUGGUUGGCGCAAUCCAAGCAUCUCCAUGGAUGGUCGCCUUUAUGCUUUGGACUGUCGUGAUGGGUGUAAACUUAGAGUAUAUGAUGAAGCCACACAUUCGUGGAAUAGAUUUAUUGACAGCAAGCUCCAUCUUGGAAGUUCUCGUGCUUUAGAGGCUGCAGCUCUGGUUCCCCUCAAUGGUAAACUCUGUAUAAUCCGUAACAACAUGAGCAUUAGUAUCGUUGAUGUGUCAAAUCCUGAUAAACAAGUUGAAACUAACCCACAUCUUUGGGAAAACAUUGCCGGUAAAGGGCACUUCAGAACUCUGUUCACUAAUUUAUGGUCAAGCAUUGCAGGACGAGGAGGGUUGAAGAGCCAUAUUGUGCAUUGUCAAGUGCUACAAGCUUGAGCAUUGUCCAUAGUAUAUACUCGCCCUUGAUGAGAACUAAGAAUUGGUUAACUUCUUCAACCUCAAGAACAAAAUCUUUUCUGUUAAAGCAGUUUUGACAUCCUCAACAUGGUCUAGUGCCAGUUUGUGAACCAAAUAGUUGCAUAAUCCAUUUUCACUUCUUGAUGACCUUCUGCAACCUCUGCAGAUAACGCUCACCUCGGUAAAAUAUUGUAUAUGUCAUAUGGAAGUGUUUGGAUUGAACAUAAUUCGAUAUUGGCCUUGGUUUCAGCAUCAACAGCUCAAGCAUGGAUUUCCUGGUAUUUUCAUACUUUGCCAUUUAUUCAUCAGCAGAUGUCUGUUCAAAUACAGAGCUAGCUUGCUAAUGAAUUUCGAAGUAGAAAAAACGAGGCUAUUUCGUCGCUUCAUAAAAGAUUAAAGAGAUCAAAUAGCUCUAUAUUUUGUGUAUCCAUUUAGUCCGUUGUUUUGCACCAAUGGUAGAAAAACAUAGGUUGGUUACUGAAGGACAUAUAGGUAGAAUCUCUGCUUCUUACCUUCUUCCCUUGCUUUCUUUCAAGAUCUGUACAAUAUGUGAUUGGGAUAGGAGCGGCAUUGAACUGCAACCUUUGGCUGCUGAAGUGGCUUAUUUAGAAGUUCCUUAUAUUCAGCAUUAUGAUCUUGCUGCUCCUGCUCUUUGAAUAUGUUGCUUAUGAUCAGUUAGAACAUAGUGGCGAUGCCUAUUUCCUAAAGCUUGUGCUUUUCGACGAAGGCUUCUAUGAAACAGGUAAUUAAUCAUAGGUUCAGUGAUGUGACAUUUCAAGAUUUUGCAUAACAUGUUGAGUUUAUAUUCUUACUUACAAAGGUUAUGUGAACUCUUGAAAAAGUUACAUGAUGCGUUAUCGCCUUAGUAUUCGUGGAUUUCCUUUUGCUGUAAUAUAGAUUGGCAUUUGGUCGAUAUGUAAUUCCAAAGUUUUUGUUAUUGAAGAUGUGAUGCUAAAUGUUUUGACAUUUG